AUGGAUCUCACAACGGAGCAACUCCGAGAAUCCGCCGCUCAUAUUGUUGCCCGCAUUCCAGUGUCGGAUGACAGGAAGAAGCGCGCUGUCGAUGUUCCGAGCGAGUUUCUCUCGCCUUUGUAUUCUUGCUUCGGUGAGGCAUAUCUGCGGAACAGGAUCCUCAGUCAUCCGGACGUCGGACAGAAAUGGUAUCCCGAGUUUUCCAAACCUGUCGCGAGAAGACCGACAGCCUCUCGAGCAGUGACCGCUAACAACGAGCCCCGAACGCCGGCCCCACACGCCGAGCCUCAUGGGAAUAUUGACAGUCAUGAUGCGUCUCACCAGCUGGACUACGGAGAAGCAGAGUCGACCAUGGGAAUUGCGCAAAAGAUCGUUGGACUGGAUCGGCAACUGAUCGAUGAACACGCGACCUCCGCCAUCCCCGGAUACCAAGCCAGCACCAAUGUUGUCAAUCGGCGGUCGGCCGCCAAUGGCCAGCGAUUUCCGAUUGCUUCAUUACUGGGUCAGCCACUGCCUCCGACAGAAACCAUCUAUCUGUUACUCGAGGACUACUUUGAUGCCGUCCAUUGGUUCUCCCUUGUGAUCUUCGAACCCACCUUUCGCAAGAACCUCAACUCCGUCGCCGAUGGAUUUGCUUACUCCUCACAAAAGCCAUUUUUGGUCUUAGUGGCGGUGGUCUUGGGCAUGGGCUCGUGGUACCGUUCGCAAAAGGAGCCUUGUAACCUGACUGAUAAUAAUGACUGGCGCCUCAUGAGCAAUGAACUCUUGAAAUUGGUCGAGUCACAUCUCAUCGAGUUAAUGGACCAGCCGUCCGUCAGCGCAGCUCAGACCUUAAUACUCUUCGGUUCAUAUUGCGUUUAUCACGGCCGGCCCAACCUCUCGUUCUCACUUCUCGGCGCAACCAUCAGAAUUUCACAAGCUGUGGGGCUGCACCGGGAACCAACCCGCGGAAGCUUUGAGGAAAAUGAGGAGAGAAAACGAGUCUGGUGGACGAUAUAUACCUGGGACCGAUUUGCAUCAAUCACGUACGGCCGGCCACUAGGAAUCAAUGACAGGGACUGCAAUAUUAGCAGCCCGGCAGAUACCUCGGAGAAUCCCUACUUUGUUUACCCCCAGGCUGACCAAGGCAAUACCAUAUGCUAUUCCGCCUAUCAACGAGAGUUGAAUCGUCUAUAUCUAAUGGCUUCAACCGCUCUUGAGGUUAUAUUUGGUUCGCGAACAUCCGGAUCAUCCAAGGACCUGACGGGAGACGCAUACCAUCUGCUGGUGAAAGAAGCGACUAAGAAACUUCACAGAUGGCGCAACGAGCUGCCGGACCACUUGGCUCUGAACCUCGACGAGGAUUUUCAUUCCGACAGCGGACCACCAGCCAAAGCACAUGCGCUCCAGUCUUUGUCGCUCCAGUUGACGUACGACAACAUUUUGAUCGUCCUCCAUCGCCCAUUACUAGCACGGCAAGUGGAAAACCUAUCGACGAACCAUGCUACGUCUGCUGGACGAGGUGAAGGGGAUUCAGGCCACGGCCAAUCGCACUCCCUCUCGCAAUCUCAACAUGACUCACCAUUCGAGGCCCUAUCUCCAGGGUCAUCAGUAGCAAGCUCGGUGCACUGGUGGAACGCUGCUUUGAGAACAUCGCGGGUGACUGAGCUGCCCUUACUGGCCCAACUUGCCACCGACAGUCAUCUGGUUGCCUUCCUCGCGAUCAAUCUAUUCAAUGCGGCCGUGGUCUUGGCGGUCAUGGCCCUAAGUGAUCCGCUGUCCGACACCGCGCAGGUUGUCAAACGUACGAUUACUCGCAUCCUGCGAUUGCAGGGUCUACUGGGCAAGCGCUCGGCACUGUCCAAACAAAGCACGACAAUACUGAAAAAUGUGGUCACGUUGCUGCUUAGACGCGAGUCAGACGCUAUACUUGCUCCAAUCACGGAGCACGCUCAGGAUAAUCGUCAGCACGCUCUCUCAGGCUCUGGGCAUAUGUCGGUUGAGGAUACGCUUCGGCUACCACUCGACGCGACACUCGAAACCACCCAUACGCCAGCACGUCGUCAAGCGUGGCCCGACCUUGCUAGUGCUAUUCGUCUGAAUGAAAGCUUGACGUCCGUACAAUACGUCGUACCUUCGGGAAAUGACGGUCGCGCUUCUGAAUGGUACACUGGCGGAGACAACCACCAAUCUGACAUCGCAACACAGGAGCCAAUUGGACGCGGUCAUGUUUGGCCGCCUUCUGGACAGUCUGAGUGGGACUCUGCCAAUAUCCGGAGCAACGAAACGUUCGAGCCGCCUGCGGACACUGAUGGCGAGCAAGGACUGUACUGGCUUUGGGACAUGUCGUGGAAUGGAGGAGGUGUUUGA